UGUGGAGCUUCUUCAAUCACAAUCAUUUCUUUUCAUUGAAUGAAAGGGAGUCUCUGCAGAUAAAUAGAAAUAAUCAAAGACAUUGAGAAGAACAAAUUUUCCACAGAGAUAGAGAAAGAAGAAGAGGAAGAAAUAUUCACCUUUUCAGGCCACUAGGCUGGUGAAAAGGGAAGAUCUAUUACAUGGGUGGCUCCACAAGCAAGCAGAAGAGAAGAGGUACUAGGAGAGGCAUCAAGGGGAAAUCAAAUGAAGAGAGAAUGAGACCAACAAGAAGAGAGGUGGAUGAGAAAGAUAGUGUUAUUUUGGCUCUGAAGAUGGCAGAGACAGAGUGGAAGAAAGAGAGGAAGAGUCUGAGAGAGGAAGUGAAGAGGCUGAGGCAGAAAAUGGAAGAGAAAGAAGCAAAGGCGAAACUUCACGAGUGGGAAUGGGUCGUGGAGCAGAUGUGCUUAGAGAGAGCCGUGAGGGAAGAGGCCGUAGAGAGGUGGAAACAGCUCUAUUUCGCUAUCAAGAACGAGCUUGAUGAUCUCAUCCACACAACAUAUGGAGAGGCACUGCGACUGAAACCGCAAGAAGGAGCAAAGACAGUGCAAGAACUUAGGAAGAAAGUUAUAGUUAGAGAAGAAACCAUUGAGACACUCAGAGGGAGAAUCGAUUUGAUGGAGAAACAACGAAUUGGUAAGGAAACAGAGAAUGACUUACUGAGGCAGAGUCUACAUCUCGGCAGUAGCAGCGGAAAGAACAAGGCAUUAUGCAAAAUAAGAUUCAUCGGGUGUAAAUAACGGUUUCUUCAUAUCCAAAUUCCUUUCCUCCAUGGAUUGCUUUAUAAGUAGACUCAGUAAAGUUCAAGACAUUCUAAGCUAUUUCCUUCCUGUCUCAUGACGCUAAAGAAAAUUAAUAUAUAUACCUCACAGGUAAAAUAUUCAGCAUCGAA